CAAUUCCGAAGAGGUCGCUCAAAUUAUCUGCAAGCAGCAGAAAAAGAGGUUAUUACUUUGAAAAUCGUGUCUUUCCCCGCGACCCGUCUCGGAGACAGAAUACGCCAAAGUUAUGAUUGCCAGCAGAAAAAAAACAAUAUGGCGAGUUUCGUCUCCUAAAGCUUCAUUUCGUCAAAGAACUGUGCAUAUAAAUAGUCCUUCCUAGACCAUCAUAUCAAAACAAUUAUCCAUCAACCAGCUUUCACAUCUUCACAUUUCAACAACUGCUUACGCAACAGUUACAGUUUCCCAACCUCGAACAGAAACACCCUCCCAACAGUUUUCACCAUGAAGUUUAUCUAUCUUGGGCUCCUCAUCGCUGCCACCACCGCGUAUGCCUGCGGAGACAAUGCCUACAGGUGCAAGAAUCCCAAAAAAAUCAUAGCUGAGGAAUGGAAAGCCACCCAUGAAAUUUGUAACAAUCUCAGGGAAGACGAUUGUUAUUGUUCUCACUGGGCAGAAUACUACUGUGAUCCCUAUGGCGGGAACAUUCAGAAAUUCAAGGAUCAAUGCGAGGCUAAAGGCAGCGACUGGUAUUGGAGUGAAUGUAGACAAAUUCCCAUGACAUCGUCUUAUCAGGCCUGAAUGCAGUUGGAGCUUGUUUUCUUCAUUUGAGCUCCAAGGUAUAGGUGUUGAUAAAGGGCAAGGAAGGAUAUCAUGAAGAGUGACAAACAGAUGUUUCGUUGGCUUGGGACUCUAUAUUUGUCAUGUAUUGUGUGUCUCAGCGCUAUCUAAAUCUUGUUGCAUAUCGAAAGUUUGGUCAGAUUUGUUUUAGAGGCUCGAGGAGCUUUCAAUUUCACUCUUUUGGCUCUCCGGCAAACCCAGAACACUUAUUUUGGCUCUGGGCACUUUUCUAUCUGAAACCUCGAUCAAUAACACUUAUUUACUGCACACUAAAUUAACACGCGAAGACUCAAAUUUUUAAGA